AUGGCGCAGCAGCUCGUCGUGAAGAAGGACGACGACCUCGACGAGGAAGAGUACUACUCGCCGUUCCUCGGCAUCGAGAAGGGCGCCGUGCUGCAGGAGGCCCGCGUCUUCCACGACCCUCAGCUCGACGCGCGGCGAUGCUGCCAGGUUAUCACCAAGCUCCUGUACCUGCUCAACCAGGGUGACACCUUUACCAAGGUUGAGGCCACAGAGGUCUUCUUUGCAACAACCAAGCUGUUCCAGUCUAAAGAUGCGGGCCUUAGGAGGAUGGUGUACCUCAUGAUCAAGGAACUCUCGCCUUCAGCUGAUGAGGUCAUCAUAGUAACAAGCUCUUUGAUGAAGGACAUGAAUAGCAAAACCGAUAUGUACCGUGCGAACGCUAUUAGAGUUCUUUGUCGUAUUAUCGACUCAACUCUUCUCACCCAAAUCGAGAGGUAUCUGAAGCAAGCCAUUGUUGACAAGAAUCCUGUUGUUGCCAGUGCAGCCCUUGUUAGUGGCAUCUACUUGCUUCAAGUGAUUAGAGAGUCUGGUGUGAACCAAGGUGGAGAUCGUCCUUUCUUUGAUUUCCUUGAGUCCUGUCUCCGGAACAAAGCAGAAAUGGUCAUACUUGAGGCUGCAAGAGCAAUUACUGAACUGAACAGUGUCACAAGCCGUGAGCUUACACCUGCAAUUACUGUGCUGCAGUUGUUCUUAAGUUCAUCCAAACCUGUUCUCAGAUUCGCUGCUGUUCGCACACUUAACAAGGUUGCAUCAACUCAUCCUUUGGCUGUCACAAAUUGUAACAUAGACAUGGAGAGCUUAAUCUCUGAUCAGAACAGGAGCAUUGCAACCCUUGCGAUUACAACACUGUUGAAGACAGGCAACGAGUCAAGUGUUGAUCGUUUAAUGAAACAGAUGACCAACUUUAUGAUGAACUUCUUGAGUAAUAUUCUACGGGAAGAGGGUGGAUUCGAGUACAAGAAAGCCAUAGUUGAUUCAAUUAUUAUACUCAUUAGAGAUAUUCCUGAUGCAAAGGAAAGUGGUUUAUUUCACUUAUGUGAAUUCAUAGAAGACUGUGAAUUCACCUAUUUGUCCACCCAGAUACUUCACUUUUUGGGAAAUGAAGGCCCAAAAACAUCAGAUCCCAGUAAAUACAUACGUUAUAUAUACAAUAGGGUGAUACUUGAAAAUGCUACAGUUCGAGCUAGUGCAGUCAGCACAUUGGCAAAGUUUGGUGCCUUGAUUGACUCACUCAAGCCUCGCAUAUUCGUGCUCCUGAGACGCUGCCUGUUUGAUGGGGAUGAUGAGGUGCGUGACAGAGCGACCCUUUACCUCAAAUUGUUAGGUGGGGAAGCUACAGUUGGUGAGACAGAGAAGGAUGUGAAUGAAUUUCUCUUUGGCUCACUUGAUGUUCCACUAGUAAACUUGGAGACGAGUCUGCGGAAUUAUGAACCUUCGGAUGUACCUUUUGAUAUUUCAUCUGUUUCGAAGGAAACAAAAUCCCAACCCCUUGCUGAGAAAAAGUCUACAGGCAAGAAAUCAGCCGGUCCGGCAUCUGCUGUCAGUGGCCCUGUUUCUACUGUUGAUGCUUCUUAUGAGAAGCUUCUUUCAUCCAUUCCGGAAUUCGCUGAUUUUGGAAAGCUAUUUAAGUCAUCUGCACCUGUAGAAUUGACUGAAGCUGAGACCGAAUACUCAGUAAAUGUUGUGAAACAUAUUUUUGAUGGACACAUUGUGCUCCAAUACAACUGUACCAAUACAAUUCCUGAACAAUUGCUUGAACAGGUAGUUGUUUUCGUUGAUGCUUCUGAGGCUGAUGAAUUUUUAGAAGUUGCUUCAAAGCCUUUAGAAUCAUUACCAUAUGAUUCUCCUGGACAGACCUUUGUGGCUUUUGAAAAGCCAGAAGGUGUCAUUGCCACCGGCAAGUUCUCAAAUAUCCUGAAAUUCAUUGUUAAGGAGGUUGACCCAUCCACGGGUGAAGCUGAGGAUGAUGGUGUUGAGGAUGAGUACCAGCUUGAAGAUCUUGAAAUUGUUUCUGCUGAUUAUAUGUUGAAGGUGGGAGUAUCUAACUUCCGAAAUGCCUGGGAAAGCAUGGAUCCGGAGAGUGAGCGGGUUGACGAGUAUGGGCUUGGAGUAAGGGAGAGCUUGGCUGAGGCUGUAAGUGCUGUUAUAAGCAUCCUCGGCAUGCAGCCUUGUGAGGGAACUGACGUGGUCCCAAGCAAUUCAAGGUCGCACACUUGUCUGCUCUCUGGCGUGUUUAUCGGUAACGUGAAAGUCUUGGUGAGACUGUCAUUUGGAAUCAGUGCACCGAAGGAGGUGGCCAUGAAACUAGCAGUUAGAUCUGAUGAUCCAGAGAUCAGUGACAAGAUCCACGAAAUUGUCGCUAAUGGCUAA